GUCACUCCACUUGCUAUAAUCGCUUUUUAAAACAAGAUAAUAAUUCAACAUUUGACUUCUUAAUUUUCGUCUAUAUUCACUGAAACAAUGAAAUUCAGAUCUUUGAGCCAAUACCCAUUUGAGAUCAGGCCCUGAAUUUUGAGCAAUAAUGGCAAAAAUCUUCGCUUUGGCUUUGACGGUGUGGGUGUUACUGCGUUUCGGGUUUGUUAUCGGGUCGCAUAAACGAGAGGCUCCAUACAGGAUCCACACGCUGUUCUCGGUGGAAUGUCAGAAUUACUUUGAUUGGCAGACGGUAGGGCUAAUGCACAGCUUCAAGAAGUCAGGUCAACCCGGACCCAUAACCCGACUUCUCAGUUGUACGGACAAGGAGAAGAAGAAUUACAAAGGGAUGCAUUUGGCUCCUACUCUUGAAGUGCCUUCUAUGAGUACACACCCCAAAACUGGUGACUGGUACCCUGCUAUUAACAAACCUGUUGGACUCGUCCACUGGCUCAAAUAUAGUAAGGAUGCAGAGAAUGUUGAUUGGGUUGUAAUUCUGGAUGCAGACAUGAUAAUACGGGGUCCAAUUAUACCCUGGGAACUUGGUGCAGAGAAAGGCAAACCAGUUGCAGCAUAUUACGGGUACUUGAUUGGAUGUGAUAAUAUUCUGGCUAAGUUGCACACACAGCACCCGGAGUUCUGUGACAAAGUUGGUGGACUUUUGGUGAUGCACAUUGAUGAUCUUCGAGCAUUGGCACCCUUGUGGCUUUCAAAGACAGAAGAAGUGCGUGACGACAGAGCUCACUGGGCAACCAAUAUAACGGGUGACAUCUAUGGACAAGGGUGGAUAAGUGAAAUGUAUGGUUACUCAUUUGGUGCAGCAGAAGUCGGACUUCGGCACAAGAUAAAUGAUAACUUGAUGAUUUAUCCUGGCUAUACUCCACAAGAGGGUAUUGAGCCUAUUCUUCUUCACUAUGGUUUGCCAUUUACAGUGGGAAAUUGGUCUUUUAGUAAAUUAGAGCACCAUGAUGAUGAUAUUGUCUAUGACUGCGGUCGACUCUUUCCUGAACCUCCUUAUCCUAGAGAGGUAAGGGCUAUGGAAUCUAAUCCAAAUAAAAGAAGAGCGUUGUUUUUAAAUUUAGAGUGUAUCAACACCCUAAAUGAGGGUCUUCUGCUGCAACAUGCAGCUGAUGGAUGCUCUAAGCCAAUGUGGUCAAAAUACUUGAGCUUUUUAAAAAGCAAAACUUUUGCUGAACUAACCCGACCUAAACUUCUGACUCCUAAUAGUAGAAAAAAUCAGGCAGCUGAACUGCUAGAUGAACCUGGGAGACCUCAUCCAAAAAUUCACACCAUAUUUUCCACGGAAUGUACCCCCUACUUUGAUUGGCAGACUGUUGGGCUUGUUCACAGUUUUCACCAAAGUGGCCAGCCUGGAAAUAUCACACGACUUCUCAGCUGUACAGAUGAAGACCUAAAGGAAUACAAAGGCCAUGAUCUUGCUCCCACUCAUUAUGUCCCUUCCAUGAGCCGCCAUCCACUUACAGGGGAUUGGUAUCCAGCGAUUAAUAAACCUGCUGCGGUCCUUCACUGGCUUAAUCAUGCAAAUGUUGAUGCAGAGUUUAUAGUUAUUCUAGAUGCUGACAUGAUUAUGAGAGGUCCAAUUACUCCAUGGGAGUUCAAAGCAGCACAUGGCCGACCAGUGUCGACACCCUAUGACUACCUUAUUGGUUGUGACAAUGAGCUUGCGGAACUCCAUACACGCCAUCCUGAUGCUUGUGACAAGGUUGGAGGUGUAAUUAUUAUGCAUAUAGAUGAUCUCAGGAAAUUUGCUAUGUUAUGGCUGCUUAAAACUGAGGAGGUUCGUGCAGACAAAGAUCAUUAUGCCAAAAAUAUCACUGGAGAUAUAUAUGAAUCUGGAUGGAUUAGUGAGAUGUAUGGUUAUUCAUUUGGAGCUGCAGAGUUGGAGCUGCGGCAUCUCAUAAGCAGGGAGAUAUUGAUAUACCCAGGAUAUAUUCCUGAACCUGGUGUCAACUACAGAGUUUUCCACUAUGGGUUGGAAUUUGGAGUUGGUAAUUGGAGCUUUGACAAGGCAAACUGGAGAUCUGUUGAUGUGGUCAACAAUUGUUGGGCUCAGUUCCCAGACCCACCUGAACCAUCAACACUUGAUCAGACUGAUGAGAAACUCCUGCAACGAGACCUGCUUAGUAUAGAAUGUGGAAAGAAACUUAAUGAAGCACUGCGGUUGCAUCAUAUAAGGAGGAACUGCCCUGAUCCCAGUUCCUUUGUUAAAUCGAAUUCUGAUACGACAAAGGAAGCUGUAAGUUACAGGAAACUCGGCGGGGUUAAUGGAGUUGAUACUCAGGAAUCAGCUCUGCCUGCCGUAAAAGAUGGGCUAUUCAGUUCUUUGAGGUUCUGGGCUAUUGCUUUAUGGGCAUUUUGUGGUGUUGGUUUCUUGGUAGUCAUGUUUGUGGUAUUUUCAGGUCGUAAAGGAAAGGGCACACGAGGUAAAAGUUACAGAAACAAGAGAAGAACUUAUUUGGGAAUGUCAGACAUGAAUGGACGUGAUAGACUUCUUCGUGGUGACCUAUCUUUAUAACAAAAAUCCUACAGGAAAAUUGCCAUAUUUUAUAGUGUCGAACGUUCCAGCACACAAGAGAGAGUCACAUGGUCAAGUUUUAAUGAAAUAGUUUUGGAAAACUUUCCUCUUGCAGUGAAGGUAGCCGAUAUUUCCAUGAUGGUAUAACAGAUGAUUUGAGUUCAUUGCCUGGGAAUGCAAUUGUUGUUCCAGCAAAAUUUGACUUCCAAGCUUCUGCUGCCAGACCGCUUCAUAUUUUCUCACACUUGGUCAAAUACAGUUUUGUGAAGGUAUAAUGUAUGUUUUAUAUCCAAUUUUAGCUCUAAGUUACUAAAUUGUGGGGGAGGGCCAAUGUAUUAACCCAGUAUAGCUGUGUAGCUGAAGUUGAAGAAACAAUAAUAGCAUUGCGAAAAGAAAGUUCCUUUUGUACUGUAACUAUAAACAGUUACUACAUGUUAUUAUUCUUCAAACAGCGUAAUAGAAGAAGAAACAAUAAAAGAAAGAAACCUUUCACUUGUUCUUUUGAAUCAUCAAAAUGAAACUUUUAUGUGCGAGGUUGAAUGUAUCGAUAUCCAUCAGGUGUAUGAUGUGAGGAUUGUUUAUUAUUUCAUGCAAUGCCUUAG